UAUGACGCGUAUCUCAGCGCAAAGAUGGCAGCGUCCUUUAGAGCGCUCAGUAGGAAAGUUGUGAGGCAGGUGAGGAGAAAUGUCACCUUUGGGUUCAGAAACCGGGUCAGAACCGCCGGGUUUAACCCAGAACUGUCCGCGUGCCGGUUCUGCAGCGGCGGGGCGGCCGGGAAAAGCACGCAUUUCGGGUUUGAGACGGUUUCGGAGGGAGAGAAAGCAGAAAGAGUGUAUAAGGUGUUUGAGAGCGUGGCUCAGAAGUAUGAUGUAAUGAACGAUGCGAUGAGUUUGGGGAUUCACCGGCUCUGGAAGGACGCUCUGCUUCACGUUAUGAAUCCUCAGCCUGGCCUCAGACUGCUGGACGUGGCUGGAGGAACAGGAGAUAUCUCCUUCCGUUUUCUGGAAUACUCUCGCUCCGUCCGAGAUCGACAGCUACGCCACAGAGCACGGGCCAAUCAGACGCCUUCCUGGCAGCAAAUCAGCAGCAGUUACAGCUCGGAGGAGGCGGAGCCUGUGGACUCCUGGGCGGUGGUGUGUGAUAUUAAUAAGGAGAUGCUGAAGGUGGGCAGGGAGCGAGCGGAGAAAGCAGGAAUCACCAAAGGUUUAUCGUGGGUGGUGGGAGAUGCAGAAGAGCUUCCGUUUGAUGACGAUACGUUUGAUGUUUACAGCAUCGCUUUCGGCAUCCGAAACGUCACUCACAUCGAGCAGGCUCUGCAGGAAGCUCUGAGAGUGCUGAAACCCGGCGGACGCUUCCUGUGUCUGGAGUUCAGCAAGGUGUCCAACCCGGUUCUGUCCAGGUUGUAUGAUGCGUACAGUUUCCAGAUGAUUCCGGUGUUGGGCGAGGUGAUCGCUGGAGACUGGAAGUCAUAUCAGUAUCUGGUGGAGAGCAUCCGGAAGUUUCCCGACCAGGAAACGUUUAAGGACAUGAUCGAGGACGCCGGCUUCUUCCGGGUUCACUACACCAACCUGACCGGGGGCGUCGUCGCCAUUCAUUCAGGAUUUAAACUCUGAGUACUGAAGACUUUCGCAAACACAGACUGAACCCAGUACAGUGAUCAGUACCCGCUCUGACCAGCAGGGGGCAGCAGAGGGAGUCCAAGAGACGCUCUGCAGGAGAAACCUACGGAUACAAUCAACCAUCUGCAGCGCAAAUGAGGCGGAGUUUACACUUUACCUUUAACACCUGGAUUCUGUUUAUCAUUAGUGGUUUAAUGAACAAACUGACCUGCAAAAAGUCAUGGGACAGGAAAUAGCAUGUGUCCCAUGACUUUUGGCAUGUCCCACAGAAGCUGAAGUAUGUUGCACUGAACUGUGGGAAAUGUGGACCUGUGGGCCAAACUCCAACUCCCAUAAUUCACCUGGCUCUACUGUAAUAAUGAGCACACUAAACAGUGUUCCGUCUUCAACCACACUAACAAGAUAGCACCUCACCACGUAUACCGGUGUGGGUGUCCCAUGACUUUUGGCAUGUCAUUCUUUAGUCAAAAAUGUAAAAAUUAGGAUGGAUUUAAAAUCUGUACGUAAAAGUAAAACUAGAGCUUUAUUUAUUUUACAUUUUUUUUCAAGUGAUUUAAAGAAAAAUAAAGUUUUAUUUACAGAAAGAUAAAAA